AUGGCAGCAACAGCGGUCAUAGAAAACCUCUUCCGCAAAAACGACCUGGACCUUGCUCUGAUACAAGAGCCAUGGCUCAACAAAGCCACGCCUUUAGGCCUCAAUGCCUCAGAACUAUGUACAGAUGACCUAGUGACAGCCUUCGUCAAUUUCCCUGGAUGCACAGGGUCAAAAGUACUGGUCUGCUCUGCAUACCUACCUGGACAUGAUGAAAACAACAAAAUCAUCAAAGACCCGAAAACCGGCCUACAGCCUGUGGUGGAAUACGCCCGUAAGCACAAGGCCGAACUCCUCGUGGGCUGCGAUGCAAACGCCCAUCACACAAACUGGGGAAGCUCUGACAUCAACACCAGAGGGUGCACACCGACGUUCGUCACUGCCACAAGACAAGAGGUACUAGAUAUAACACUCGCGACCGACAAACUGGCCGAAUAUAUCACUCAUUGGCAUGUCAGCAAUGAGAACUCCAUGUCUGAUCACAAGCACAUCAGAUUCACAAUUGAGGCUGCAACAGACUCAAACCCCAUACUCUACAGAAACCCAAAGGCUACAGAUUGGCCUAAAUACAGAGACAGUCUUACAAGCCUAAUUGCGGACCUUCCGAAGAGUAUCAAAUCUCCUCUAGAACUAGAACUCGCUGUGGACAUACUUCUAAGUGGCAUAAUAAGUGCCUACCAGAACAACUGUCCCAUCAAAACCAAAACCGCCAAAUGUAAAACACCCUGGUGGAAUAAGAGUCUAGAAAAGCUGAGGAAGAAAACUCGCAAAUUAUCCAACAGGGCUAAAAAGGGACCUUUCGAAUGGGCCCAAUAUAGUAAAGCCCAAACGGAAUACUACUGCGAAAUUAGGAAAGCCAAAAGAGCAUCAUGGCGUGCUUUCUGCGAGGAGAUAACUCAGACUCCCCAAGGAUCCAGAUUACACAAAAUGCUUGCCAAGGCGCCAAAUAACCAAAUUGGACUUAUGAAAAGGCCCAAUGGUACCUAUACGACAUCAGAGGAAGAAACUCUACAGCUGCUAUCUACAACCCACUUCCCUGGCUCGGUUCAUAUCUCAAGAGAUAAGGAGAACCCUCCAAGCUCACAUCUACAAAAGCCCAACCAUGAGGCGUGGAACAGAGCUGCGAGGAUUUUUCGACCAAAACAAAUUAUAUGGGCUAUAAAAUCUUUCAAGCCAUAUAAAUCAUCGGGAGAAGAUGGAAUUUUCCCAGCCCUGUUACAACAAGGGCUUGACAUCCUAUCUCCCUAUCUGGUAAGAAUAUUUAGAGCCAGCUUUGCCUGGGGUUUUAUACCAGAACCAUUAACGAAGGUCAAAGUUACCUACGUACCGAAAACCGGUCGAAGAGACUACUCGCAGCCAAAGUAA